AUGGGUGCUAUCGAUCCGGCCAUGUUGGGAAUCACAUCUGGAACUACACCUGCACUAACUACCACCACUCCACCUACUACAACUACAACUACCACAACUACAAGCACUACAACCACCACAACUCCUACCACAACUACAACUACCACAACUACGCCCCAACCAACUACAACUACAACUACUACAACUACGCCCCAACCAACUACUACCACAACAACUACCACCACACAAGCGCCAACAACCCCGCCACCUGAUGAUGAUUCUUGCAACGUCUGUCCGAUAAAUUGCGUACUUGAUUCUCGAUGCCCGUUGUUCAACCCGUCUAAACCAGUGCUUCUACCACAUAGCGAAUGCACCAAGUUCUACAAGUGUGAAACUGGUCGUGCGUGCGAAUUGGAAUGCCCAGCGGGGCUACACUUCAAUGCAGCGAAAAUGGUCUGCGAUUGGCCAUGGCACGCUUGCUGUGACCCGAAUGUUGAAUGCGUUAUACCUUGCAUUCCAGGAGUAACCUGUCCGCCGACGCUGGGAUAG